ACCCCACACCCACACCCAUACACACACAUCCCUCGGGCUCUUUUCUUUUCUUCUUUUCUCUUCUUCUCUCGCAUCUUUCCUCCUCUGUUGAUACCUGUUCCUUUAUUUGACCUUCUCCGCCUCUUUUAUUAAUCCCUCCAUCCUUCUUUUCUGCACUCUGGAAGCUAGCCCUCUGCACUCGACUCUCUUCCCCCCCCCGAGUACUCUCUACGCACUUCGAUACAAUUCCAAUAGUGGUCGCAGGUCGACUUAAUCCUACGCGCAGUUAAUUUUUACUUCUUGCCUUUCACCAUGGCGGCCUUAACCGCUGAAUCGUGGUGGAGAAGAGAGCUUACCGGGCGCAAGCUGUUCUUUUGGAUAUUCUGGUGGGGAGUGCACUGGGGAUUGUUCGCCUACGGAUGGUACUCCCAGUACACGAACGAGCGGUUAGCUGCGUUGAACGGAUUGCGAUACUCGGUGUGGAUUUCCCGCGGUGCCGGCUUGGUGCUGGCGUUUGACGGAGGCCUCAUUUUGCUGCCAAUGUGCCGGAAUGUCGUCAGAGUUCUGCGCCCGAAGAUCACAUUCCUGCCCCUCGACGAGAGUCAAUGGCUUCACAGGCAGACGGCGUACUCCAUGCUCUUGUUCACCAUCAUCCACACCUGCGCACAUUACGUCAACUUCUUCAAUGUCGAAAAAACGCAAGUGAGACCUGUGACCGCACUGAAUAUCCAUUAUGCGCAGGCUGGUGGAGUGACCGGGCAUGUUAUGCUGCUAUGCAUGGUUCUUAUGUUCACGACCGCCCACAAAAACAUCCGUCACCAGUGUUUCGAGGCCUUUUGGUACACGCACCACCUCUUCAUCAUCUUCAUGAUCGGCCUGUACACUCAUGCCACCGGGUGCUUCGUGCGUGACUCUGUCGACCCGUACUCUCCCUUUGCCGGCAAGCCGUUCUGGAACCACUGCAUCGGAUAUCAGGGCUGGCGUUUCACGAUUUGGGCCGGUGGGCUCUACAUGGCCGAGAGACUGUGGAGAGAGUACCGCUCUAGAAGGCAGACCGAGAUCACUAAGGUUGUUAGGCACCCAUACAAUGCCAUGGAGAUCCAGUUCAAGAAGCCGUCGAUGACAUACAAGUCCGGUCAAUGGCUUUUCCUCCAGGUUCCUGCGGUCUCGGCAUUCCAGUGGCAUCCAUUCACCAUCACCUCUUGUCCCUCGGACCCGUACAUUUCCGUGCACAUCCGUCAAGUCGGCGAUUUCACCAAGCAGCUCGCCGAGAUUCUGGGAGUCACCGACGACGGCAAGUACGCCCAUCUCGACCCGAUGGGAGUGUACGAGGUUGCGGUACAGAACGGCUCGCGGAUGCCAGCACUCAAGAUCGAUGGACCGUACGGAGCGCCUGCCGAGGACGUCUUCAACAAUGAAAUUGCUGUUCUCGUUGGAACUGGUAUCGGUGUCACUCCCUGGGCUUCCAUCCUGAAAAACAUUUGGCACAAGCGCAACAACCCCGGCAAAACCCCCAUGCGACUCCGCCGUGUCGAGUUCAUCUGGGUCUGUCGUGACAUGUCCUCCUUCGAAUGGUUCCAGAAUCUCCUCAAGUCCCUCGAAAGACAGCAGAACGGCAUCGACGGUGAUUUCCUUAGGAUACACACUUAUCUCACCCAGAAACUCGACAUGGACACCGCACAGAACAUCGUGCUCAACAGUGUCGGUACCGAGGUGGAUCCGCUCACGCAGCUAAGGACCGGAACUCAGUUCGGACGUCCAGACUUCCCCAAAAUCUUUACGGCUAUCCGGGAAGGUAUCAACAACCGGACCUACCUUGGAGGUCUCGACGGUACCCUGCGCACGAACGUCGGUGUCUACUUCUGCGGACCCAGCGUGGCCGCGAGAGAUAUCAAGAGAGCAUGCAAACGGGUCACUACCGCGGAAGUCGAGUUCAGCUUCUGGAAGGAGCACUUCUAGAGGAGUCGCGCCAUCCGAUCUGUUGUUCGCACAGAGCUUCUUCUUUCCUCUUCUCUUGUGUA